UGUGUGUGGUGCUGCAGUAACGAGUGGAGAGGGGGGAUGACUGCAGUUUCUCGGGCUGAUGGAAGAGCGCAAGCAGGAGACGUUCGCACGCCACUGAAACGUUAACCCCUAAGUGCCUCGCUGGUGUAUGGGCCAGACGCUCAUUGAGGAUUAGGACCGAGCAGAUCACUGCAGUCAGGGUUUCUGUUGGUGUAGCCGUCAAGCAUGAAGUGGAAUUUGUUCAAGAAGAAGCCUGCAGCCAUGGUGGGCCCCGAGCCCACAGGUGCCAGUGCCCUGACCAUGGCCCCUGCUGUUUCCACACCUGCAGACAACUCCACUGAGCACCAGGGCCCAGUCAGCAAGAAUGACGUUUUUGGUGACAUCAAAAACAAGUUCCUCAAUGAGAUGGACAAGCUUCCACUGCCUCCAUGGGCCAUCAUCGCCAUCGCGAUCGUAGCCGUGGUCCUCAUUCUCACGUGCUGCUUCUGCAUCGUUAAAAAGACCUGCCUUAAGAAGAAAAAAGGCAAGAAGGGAAAGAAAGGCAAGGGAGACAUGGGAAUGAAGAACAUGAAGGGAGGAGAGAAACAGGACGAGGAUGACGAUGAAGAAGAUAUAGACAUGGGAAUAACUGAAGAGAAAGAGGAGGAACCGAAAGAGAAGGAGAAGCUCGGCAAACUGCAGUUCUCCCUUGACUACGACUUCUCUGACAACAAGCUGACAGUGGGCAUCCUGCAAGCCGCAGAUCUUCUCUCCAUGGACAGUGGCGGCACCUCAGACCCGUAUGUCAAAGUUUUCAUUCUCCCAGACAAGAAGAAGAAGUUUGACACCAAGGUGCACAAGAAAACUCUCAACCCCGUCUUCAACGAGACUUUCCACUUUAAGAUUCCGUUCACUGAAAUGGGAGGAAAGACUCUGGUCAUGUCUGUGUACGACUUUGACCGUUUCUCGAAGCAUGAUGUGAUCGGUGAGGUGAACAUACCCAUGAACACCCUGGACCUGGCACAACCUAUCGAGCAAUGGAGAGACCUGGAUAGUGCAGAGAAAGAGGAGCCUGAAAAACUUGGAGAUAUCUGCAUCUCUCUGCGCUAUGUACCUACAGCUGGAAAACUCACCAUCUGUAUCCUUGAGGCUAAGAACCUGAAAAAGAUGGAUGUUGGAGGACUCUCAGAUCCCUACGUGAAGAUUCAUCUUCUGCAAAACGGCAAGCGGCUGAAGAAGAAGAAGACAACUGUGAAGAAGAACACACUGAACCCAUACUACAACGAGUCCUUCAGCUUUGAGAUCCCACAGGACCAGAUGCCGAAAAUACAAGCUGUGAUCACGGUGCUCGACUACGAUAAGAUCGGCAAGAACGACGCCAUCGGGAAGAUCUGGGUGGGCAGCAGAGCGCAGGGCACUGAGCUCCGGCACUGGUCCGACAUGCAGGCGAACCCACGCAGGCCCAUCGCUCAGUGGCAUCCACUCAAACCCGAGGAGGAGGUGGAUGCCACAUUAGCAGCCCUCACUGCCAAGAAGUAAUCCUGUUCUUCUUCCUUCCCUCCCUCUCUCCUUUACCUCCCCCCUUCCUUUCUUUCACUUUUCAACAUGCACACCAUGUCAUCUUACUCAAUCAGCACUGAGUUACAGCCA